GUUCUUGACACUAGCUGGUUUAAUGGAUGAACUGGAGUCACAUCCAGUAGCUAUUGUUUGUUUUGUUGUACUUCAAGGUAACAUUGCAGUCAAAGCUGCUCGAUCUUCCACCUCAAUGGAAACAGAAUACUGUAAAGGCUGAUUAUUGGACUGUUACUGCAAAUGUUCAUGCCAGUACCUGAAAGUUGCCUUGAUGUUGCCUUGACCUGCCAGCAUGUGAGCAACAGCCGAUAUGCAUUAAAUAUUAUAAUUAUGACCUUGCGCACCUUCAGAUCUUGUUAUGAUAAUAAGAUAUGUUUUAUUACCCACUACACUUAUUCUUUGAGUUUUUUUAAAAAAUGCAGAGAUGAUUGUUGUUUGAGACAUCAGUCCAUUGCUGAUAGUUGGUUUGCAUUAAGGCAUAUAUGAAAUCCUACUGUCAGACCCUUUAAUCAGAAAUGACUUUAAUGUAGCUUUAAUAAACUGAAUGCUUCUGUAACAGCUGCAAUAAUUGGAAGAUUGACUUAAUCAGGUUGUAAUGUGAUUAUUGCAUGGAUGUGAGCACACAAAUGACGUGUUAAAGCUUUGGUUCAUGCAUACAUAUUAUUGUCCAUGGAGGGCAUUUCACAGGCACGUGAAAUUAAAUCAUGUGGAUUGUAACUGGUUUUUCCAAAAUGAGGUGACACUGGUUUACGAGCCGUUUGGCCGCGGCUUUUAUAAGCUUAAUCCACCCUGCUUUUAUAGCCGACAAUAUUUAUUAGCACCACACAAGCCUUCACUUUUAUGGCCUCCUGUGACCUUUGAUUCCCUCAUCGUGCAAGCUCUCAUCUCCCACUUCUCCAUGAAGAAAGCCUUCAGAGCGCACCACAGUGUGUUGAAAAAAACAAAGUUGAGUUUCCACUGUGCACACUGAUUUCUUUUUUCCGAUCUUCCAGUCAUGACAAGGUUUCAUGUGCUGUUAUCAAAUGAAAAUGCAAUGACGAUCCUGUUUGAUUCUAACAUUUACAUUACACCAUGGGAAUCAACUUUGCUCAGACAUUAACAUGGAGGCAGGCGGCCUAAACUUCAUAUUUACAACCAGGGAAAAUUAUGAUCUUUAGUGAGGUGUCAGCUCAGAUGGAGUAUGGGAGCUUUUCCUGCCCUGCCCUCCCUCUAAGUCGUGCUCUGUCUUAACAGUUGUUCAUUAACGCAUGGAAGACAGGUGCAGCCGCCUGUACCAAGGUGGACGAUUAUUGAUCUGAGGCUUUCCUGGAAGAAACAAGCGGUGUGACGACUGCUGUUUUUCUUUUCAAUUCAAGCCUUCUUUUGUAUUUACCAAAACUGUUUGGGGGUCCAGAUCUUAAUCAAAGGAUUGUCUUCUUCUCUGACUGCUGAACAGCGAAAAAAGUGACGCUGUGGUUUCUGCUUCGUUACUGAAGAGCCCUGCUUGUUCCUCUUGUUGGACUUCAGUGGAGAGGAUCUGUUUUGGUGGAAUAUGUGAAAUCGUGCUUUCAGAUUUCUGUUUACUUAUGGACAUGUAGAAACUGUGGAGAAGUAUUCUGAGAGAAAAAGAAAAGCCUCAAGAAUCGAGAUGUACAGCUUUCAAGCUUUACUUUACCUGGGAGUGCUGGCAGCGGUGGUGGUCGGCAACCAGAUGCUGGAUGACUGUUUGUCAUCGAACCGUACCUACACCAUGAACGUUGUACUGCUGGAAGACACCACUUACGGUUGGAGUCUCAGUCUUGUGCGGGCGGCUGUGGAACGUGCAAUUGAACAGGAUAAACUGGAGAACGAUAAAGAAGGUUUAGACUUCACUCUCACGGCUAACUACAAUGGGUUCAACACCACUUUCUACAACCGUCAGGGCUGUGCGAGCAGCAGCUGUGAAGGUGUGGAUAUCCUUAAGAAGCUACAUAAUAGAGGUGAAGUUGGAUGUGUCAUGCUUGGGCCUUCCUGCACUUUCGCCACCUAUAAUUUAAUAGAUGAUGAAAUCGGCUUGAUCCUGAGCAUUCCUGUCAUCUCUGCUGGGAGCUUUGGCCUCUCCUGUGACUACAAGCCCAAACUAACCCGAAUUCUGCCUCCGGCGCGGAAGAUCUCCGAUUUUUUCGUCUACUUUAUGCAAUACCAAGAGACAUUUAAGAUUCCCUGGAAUAGAACAUAUGUCUACAAGAAGGCUGUCACUGAGGACUGCUUCUGGUACAUCAAUGCACUGGAUGCAGGCUCUGGAAACUUUGCCUCAGCGAUGGAUAGAGAGAUGCUGCAUACAGAGGAUGAUCUGAUUACGCAGCUUCAGAAUGAGAAAAGGCACAGCAACAUUUUCAUUAUAUGUGGGAACACUGAUGACAUUGUUUCAAUCAAGGCGAAGGCUGGCGAGAUUGACAAAGAGAUCCUGUUUAUUCUCCUUGAUGUUUACAAUCCUGAGUAUUAUAUAAACACAACAUCCCCUACAAGCAUGAAUAACGUCUUAGUGGUCACUCUGCCAAAGAGGAACAACGAGUACGGAUCAAAUUCUCCAUUCAACGAAACGAUAAAUGACUAUGUGGCGGGAUAUUAUGAUGGAACUCUGCUGUUUGGCAAAGUGCUCAGAGAGAGGAUGCUCAGCAAGCAACAAAACACACAAUCCGACGAUGUGCCUCUGAGUUACAACCCAUUUGGAAACACCUCUUUUGAUGGCAUAGGAGGACACUAUGAGCUUGAUGAGUAUGGUGACAGAGAUGUUAACUUCUCUGUCAUUUACACAUCAGUCAACACUAAGCAGUAUGAGACUCUGUUAGUGUUUGAUACAUCAAAAAAUAAAACCAUCGAGUGGACGCUAAACCCUGCGCUGUUUUGGGAAAAUGGCCGACUGCCCAAUGACAUGCCAGAAAAUGUAGACGGUUUAGAUAUGCAGGAUGUGAUUGUGAUUGUUCUGAGUCUCAGCGUUGUGGUGGUGACGGCCAUCGCUCUCAUCUUCUACAGGCAGAACAGGAAAGAACGUCAUAUACAGAAGAAGUGGUCUCACAUUGACCCACACCUGAUCAGUCCUCUGGAUGAGAGGGCGGUCUCUCUGAAGAUUGAUGACGAUAAGAGGAAGGACAGUACGUACUUCAGUCGUCGAGGCCGCUACGACAAGAAGCCUGUAAUCUUGAAAGAGCUGAAACAGACAGAUGGAGACUUCAAUGAGAACCAAAGAAUUGAACUAAACACUCUGCUGCGUAUCGAUUACUACAACCUGACCAAGUUUUAUGGCACGGUGAAGUUUGAGUAUGGUGUUUUUGGGGUGUUUGAGCUGUGUCAGAGGGGCUCCCUCAGGUACAUUCUGAAUGACAGGAUCUCCUACCCAGACGAAACCUUCAUGGACAUGGAGUUUAAGAUAUCAGUCAUGUAUGACAUAGCAAAGGGCAUGUCAUACCUUCACUCCAGUAACAUCGAUGUCCACGGUCGCCUCAAGUCCACCAACUGUGUGGUCGACAACCGCAUGGUGGUCAAAAUCACUGACUUUGGUUGUCACACUAUCCUGAGACCAGGCAGAGAUGUGUGGACUGCCCCUGAGCAUCUGCGUAAAGACGGGGUAUCUCAAAAAGGAGACGUCUACAGCUACGCCAUCAUUGCCAAUGAGAUUGUUAUGAGGCGAGCCCCGUUCUACACACAGUCGUGCUCUAAUACUGCAGAAAAGAUCUACAGAGUGCAGUAUCCAAGUGCGACGGUCUUCAGACCUGACCUUAACUUUGAGGGUGCAUCAGAAAGGGAGAUUGAGCUAUACAUGCUGAUAAAGAACUGCUGGGAUGAAGACCCAGAACGGAGGCCGGAUUUUAAGAAAAUAGAGUUAACACUGGCAAAGAUUUUCAGUAACCUGCACAACCAAGCCACGGAGACGUACAUGGACAACCUCAUCCGCCGUCUGCAGAUGUACUCCAAGACUCUGGAGAAUCUGGUAGAGGAGAGAACGUCCUUGUACAAAGCUGAGCGGGACAGAGCAGAUCGCCUCAACUUUAUGCUACUUCCUGGCCCAGUGGUGCGUUCCCUGAAGGAGACGGGCAGAGUUGAACCAGAACUGUUUGAGGAGGUGACCAUCUAUUUCAGCGACAUUGUGGGCUUCACCACCCUCUGCCACUACAGCACCCCCAUGGAGGUGGUCGACAUGCUCAACGACAUCUACAAGAACUUUGACAGCAUUCUCGAUAACCAUGACGUCUACAAGGUUGAGACAAUAGGAGAUGCGUACAUGGUUGCAUCAGGUUUGCCCAAACGCAACGGCAACAGGCAUGCAGUGGACAUUGCCCACAUGGCCCUGGACAUCCUCGCUUUUGUGGGGACUUUUGAGUUGCAGCACCUCCCUGGGAUCCCUCUGUGGAUUCGUAUUGGUAUACAUUCAGGACCUUGUGCAGCAGGAGUGGUUGGAAAGAAGAUGCCUCGCUACUGUCUUUUUGGAGAUACAGUCAACACUGCCUCACGCAUGGAGUCUACAGGCCAGCCUCUGAGAAUUCACGUUAGCCAGUCCACCAUCAACAUCCUGCAGAGGACUGACUGCAUGUUUAAGUACGAACAGAGAGGAGAGACGUACCUGAAGGGUAAAGGCAAAGAGAUGACAUACUGGUUAACGGGGGUGACUGGGAGAAAAUACAACUUGUCAACGCCACCAACAGCGGAGAACAUCCAGCGGCUCCAGCAGGACCUGGCAGAGAUGAUCGUUUCUCGUCUGGAGAAGCGCGGAGAAGGCUUUGAAAAGAGGAAGACCCUGUCCACCAGAGUCCGUUGGCAAGACACCAGCAACAGCCUCCGGAAGGACGGCCUGCCCGAGUACUUCCACCUGGCUGUCAGCGAUGACCCCAGCACCUACCUGUGAUCCCAGGCAUGGCGUAGUAGACUUUGUUGGAGUUUCUAGAAGCCUUUAUCUGUGUGUCAACAGCGUUCCGUCUUUUUCUGGACAGCUCUGCUGGUGCAGGGGUUGGAGUGACAGUGAAGGAACAGCAGUGAAGAAAGCAGACAUGAUACAGAAACCCUAAUUUAGCCAUCUGUAUUUAGCCUGACAUUCACUAUUCACAUUUUUCCCUCCCCUGUCCCUCACUGGUACCUAAAAUAUACAGUUUCUGGGCAUCAAUUAUUCUCAUUAAAGUAAGAGUCCCCCCUCAGAUGAGAUGUUGGAUGUUUGGUGGGGCUUUUCGUGGAAGAAGUGCGCCAGAAAUACGGCCGUUUUGUUUCACUGUGUGGGACAUGACUCUGCUGUACAGCUUUAGAUUAAAACUGUCAUUCAUUGCAUGGACAUAGGUGUCUUAUAAGUAUUGGAUGGCUUCAGACAAUUCAUUUGCUACUUGUACAUUUUGAUGCACCAAUUUCUGCAGCAAUUUACAGUGGAAAUGUCUUUCAGGAACCAUGGAUCUAAUGAGCCUUUCCACUAAAUAUUCAGUGUUUGUUUGAGCUCAGAAUCCAUAUUUUAAGAGUUAAAAAGUACUGAAAAAACCCGGCUCCUAUCCGAAGUAUUGAUUUCCAUUGGUAUUAGUGAUGCUAUAGCAAUUUUUUCUUCUGCUUUCAUUUUUAUUGUAUGGAAACAGAUGUAUAGGCUGUAUAUUGAAGGGGACCUAUUGCCUGCAUGUCUAUGAAAUCUAUACCAAUAAUUCAGUGGAAUAGGGAAUAGAGGAUGCACAACCAAACAGGUUUUGAAUGCAAAGCUGUUAUUUUUUUAAAUUGUAUAGAAUAGGACAUCAUUUCAUACCGAAGCUCACUUUAUAACAGUUGUAAUGGUUGCAAUUUACUGCCGUGUAUAUUUUGAUAUGACUGUUUAGAGGAUGUCAAAGUCAGCAUUUUAAAAUUCCACUAAUUGUUCAUGAAACUGGUUUCGAUGGGUUGUUCUUGUCACAUAAAAUGGCAUUGGUUUAAAUAGACAUUUUAUCAUAUUAAACAUACAUAACCUUCA